AUGGCAAUUAAGAAGCUUUUGUUGAUUGUUCUUUCGAUUUCUUUGGUUCUCAAAAUAUCCGAGAGCUUUGAUUUCCAUGAGAAAGAUUUGUCCUCGGACGAAAGCUUGUGGGACUUAUACGAGCGAUGGAGGAGUCACCACACGGUUUCUCGAGACCUUGGUGACAAACACAAGCGUUUUAAUGUGUUCAAAACAAAUGUGAUGCAUGUUCACAAUACCAACAAAUUGGAUAAGCCUUACAAGUUGAAGCUUAACAAGUUUGCUGACUUGACCAACCAUGAAUUUAGGACUAUCUAUGCUGGAUCAAAAGUUAAUCACCAUAGAAUGUUCCGUGGCACCGCGCGUGGAAAUGGAACAUUCAUGUAUGAGAACUUUCACAAAGCUCCUACUUCCAUUGAUUGGAGGAAGAAAGGCGCCGUCACUGAUGUCAAGGAUCAAGGUCAAUGUGGUAGUUGUUGGGCGUUUUCAACAGUUGUAGCUGUUGAAGGAAUUAACCAAAUCAAGACAAAAAAGCUAGUGCCUUUAUCUGAGCAAGAGCUUAUAGAUUGUGACACUGAACAAAAUCAAGGAUGCAAUGGUGGACUAAUGGAAUAUGCUUUUGAAUACAUCAAACAAAAAGGUGGUUUAACAACAGAAAGCUAUUACCCUUACACAGCAGAUGAUGGAUCAUGUGAUUCAUCAAAGGAGAAUUCCCCAGCUGUUUCAAUUGAUGGCCAUGAGACUGUUCCGGCUAACGAUGAAGAUGCAUUGCUCAAAGCUGUUGCCAACCAACCUGUUUCCGUAGCCAUAGAUGCCGGAGGAUCCGAUUUCCAGUUCUACUCUGAGGGAGUAUUUACUGGUGAUUGUGGAAAAGAGCUAGAUCAUGGUGUGGCAAUAGUGGGAUAUGGGGUAACUGUUGAUGGAACUAACUACUGGAUAGUGAGAAACUCAUGGGGACCUGAUUGGGGGGAACAAGGUUAUAUCAGAAUGGAGAGAAACGUAUCUGACAAGGAAGGACUUUGUGGCAUAGCUAUGGAGGCUUCUUAUCCAAUCAAAAAGUCCUCUAAAAAUCCAAGAGGACCUACAUCAUCUCUAAAGGAUGAACUUUGA